AUGUUGAACUCGAUGAAUAUACGUCUCAACGACAUGGAUCUCAAAUUGAGCCUUAUUCUUGAGCUGUUAGCCACCAGACUGCCUGACCAGAGGUGAGAACCUGGCAAUUAGGACUCGCUUCUUACAUUAUUCUGUGCAUUCAGAUUGCCCUCAAUUUUCACAUCACCUCCGCAAACUGUCAUUUCUGAGGCACCACCUCAAUCUUUCACACCAUCAGCCACUAAUUCCACGUCUGAAAAGACGUCUUUGAAGGUGAGCCGGAGGGACUCUUCGAGUACCAACAGUCCCGAUAACCUCUGUUUCAGACCGAAUUGAAAACUGAGGAUUCCGACGGGGAUCUGGAUAUGGAAGGCGAGGAGGACACAGAGGAAAUGUUUGAGAAUGAGAGUCAGCCUAGUCAGCGUAACGCGUCGCCGAAGGAAACUGAGGUAGAGGUAGAAGCUUUGUACCUAAUAUAUAUGAAAACCUUUUGAAUUUAUCUCAGGACGAGAAGGUGCUCGCCGAUGGUCCGUUUCCAGAGGGAGCGGUCAAAAGAGCUGCCGACAAAGCCGCAAGAAGCUUCCAAAGCACUCAGCCAAAGGUUUGUUCGUUUCAUGUUUCAUUUCAAAUCAGACGUUUUUUGGGGGUCAUUUAGACGCGGGCGAGGUGUUAGACCCCAUGCGCAGUCGUUUUUUCUCUCUCAUUCAUUUACGAACAUUAGGUUGGACCCGGGCGCGAUUGAAAGAUGGUUAUCGGAACGUUGCCCGCGCAAAGGGUGACGCGUUCAAGUAUCCAAUCUCAAUCCCUCCCCCCUUUCCACCCGUUUUUUUCUUCUUCAAUGAUGAUGAUGGUGGAAAGGGGGGGGGGGUUUGUCUCCCCCGCUCACAGUCCCUCAAUCUUAUUUUUUAUGGCUAUUGUCGGUUCGGGCGCCACGGGCUGAGGCGGGUAAAUGACCCUUCGGCAUUUGUCCGUUUGAAACAUGCAAAACAUUCGAAAGGAACAGAACAAAAAACCGCUGGGCUGGGCUGGGCGACAAAAGGCGGUAGGGGUCAGACAUCUUUAAGAUCUGAUUAUAUCUAACGUGUCAUCUUGCUUUAAAAAUUGAGAUUAUGUUCUCAAAGACAAGAAGAAAUGGAAUUAGCAAUUAGAUUAACAAGUUGAGUGCAGAAGAGGGGGGGGGGGGGACGACCUACAAACCCGCAAAACCGAAACCGAACCAAACCAAUUUGUUGCCUUUCUCCUCUCUCUUUUCUUUCACAAUGACCCUCUCCCCCUUCUGCUUCCCGGUUCGUUUUGGCAUACAAAACAUGUGCGUGUGAAUAGCAUGUUUUGGCACCUUCUGGAAAUAAAUAACCUCUGACACACAUUUUUAUUGUAGGCGCCGCUAUUGUAUGCUCAUGCCAACAGGCGCCCAGGCGUUCUGUUUAUUGACAUGAACAUUCGCUUACGAAGCGUAUAGUAUUUGAUAUUUUGGAACGGGCACCUGACAAUGCGAUGAUGCGGUUCUCAAAACAAAAAACCAAAAUUGACUUUUAGAUCGGGACCGGGCUACAAAAGCAAAAAAAAGGGGGGAGUGCAGUUUCUGGGGUAGGGACUUGUUGCGAGCGUUCAUCCGACCAUGUUGCCAAUUGUCAAUCAACCUCUGGAAUAGGUGAAAACAUGCAAUCUGUCACUAGUAAUGUGGCUGUUUUUCCUGAAACUGAACUUAUAGCACCUUCUCAGGGUUACUGUACCCCCUGUUCCUAAUUGACUUCAAUCUAACACGUGCUUAGCGUAAAGACUAGUCAUUUAGUCCUCUCCGAUUGGUCAAGACGAUGCGAUUAGUAUAAAAGUGCAUUGUACCGUAGUCUAUACGGUAUAUCUAUCCGUUUCCCUUCUUUUCCAUCUACGCUAUCAGGCUGAAUAGGUUGUAGAAGAGGCGCAGACCAGUAGUGAUUGAUCAGACAUGGGUUGAUAACUAUCCUAACUCAAUUCCAGUUUCUGUCUUUCGAAAAACAGGGUACGCGAGACCAACGGGAGUACGGUUCUGGUCAUCUUACCGCUCUGGCGCGCACACGUAUACACACACACGCGCGUUUUUCCGUCGCCUCGUUUUCAUUUCCAUUCCGCGAGAGAGCUGGAGCAUACUCUGGCUCACGCAACAAGCCUCACGUCAGGCUUAUUGAAUAGCAAAUAUUUGACAAGAAACGGUUACGAACCGGUAUCCUGUGCCAGCGCGCCCCAGGGAAACCACCUCACGUCACCACGUCAAGGGAAAUCUAAUAUGCCAACCGACUCGCCACCUAGAUCAUGCUUUCAGUGGUCUACGAAUCAAGGGGUGGAAUGCCACGCCACAUAGUACAGUUCUUUAGUUCCGCUCUUUAGUUACUCACUUCAAACAGACUAGGUCCUCUGGGAGAAAGAAAAACAGUCUGUGCACACACGAGGAUUGGCAAAAGCGGGGAAGAAAAAACAUUGCAUUCCAUGAAAAACAGUUAGGACCCGCGACCCAGACCCGUGUGGAAGAGUAGCGAGCAAACAGGGCUCUUGGCUCUGCGUCUCAAAGUGGUAUACCUGUUUUUGUGAUUGUCGAAGCGGUCUAUUCAAAUAUUUUUCCUCCUCUUUUACUAUCCUUCCUGUCCGCGGUGUUGGGGCUGAUGGGACUGAAGAGUGUUGCCGAGCGGGGGGUUCCCAACCGAACAGAAAUCUUCCUUGUUGUAGAAUGAGAACUAGAAGGAUUGGAGGUUGUUAUGAAAUUUCGUUUGAAAAAUGACCAGAAACCUGUUUUGAAGGGUUUUUGACUCAUCAAAUAGUCUUGUACUUUGUCAUCCUGAAGCUACGGUACUUUCCGCAAAAGUUCAGAACAUCUUAAUCAAUUAUAAAGUACAUCAAUUCAUAGUUCAAACCACUUUCCAACAAAUUCUUCAAAGAAAUCAUCAAAACGUUUCAUUUAUCUCACUAAAAGUGCAAACAAAUCACGACUCGUUUCCUCCGCGGCGUCAGUUUCAUCGUUCAACUGGCAGUGAGCCAAAUGGCGCACCCCUCCCGCUUCUCUCCAAUUUGCACACUCUCCCGCACUCUCACUCCUUCUUUCCGUUGCCAUCAUCAUCAUUCAAACAGCUGAUGUCCAGCCGAGUAGGAGCGCGCGCGUGUGCAAAUAGCAAAUAAGCGGUUGCGCAAGUUGUCCAGACAAACUCUUUUCCGCGCGGACGGGCGCGCCUCUUUGUGUGAUGUGAUGUAAUGCCAAGGAGUACGGUUCUCUCUCCGUUUCGUGGAGGAGACGACGAAUGAAUUCCAUUGACCCGGGGGACUCAUUUUUGACCGCGUUGGGUAUCCAUGUUUCCAGUUUUCAGUCCCCCAUACUUUCGUUCUGAAAACACUUUCACUCUUUCUGCAGUAUCCUCGGGAGACGGUCUCGGAACUGACCUGGGGGUGAUGUCAAAAGAGAAAAAAGAGAGACGGGUGUUUUGACACAUUCCAGAUGGACUAACCAGUUUCCUUCUCGCUUCCCCCUCUCCCAGGGUCGGACGAUUCAAUUCAGGAGGCCAAGAAGGCAACAGAACACCAUAACAACGUUUCAAAACCGGAAAAAAACCGUGGAUGACACAAUAGCAAUGAAAACAGUAGAACAACAAUAUACGGCGAAAAAAAAGGCGUUCUCUCCUCCCCAGUUCGUUCGACAUGGCAAAAACAACUUGGCGAAAAAAAUGCGGGAAAAUGUGUAUGUCUAUCAGUUCAAAAACAGGAUUUUGCCACACGUUUUCAUUUUUAUUCCACAAAAACUGCCAAGCGAGAGGUUGUUUUGACGUUAUGUGUCGUUUUUGUGUGCGAACAUCAUUGACAUCAGCGUGAGGGGAGAAACCAGGAAGCGAAAUAUGGUUAAGGGACCUGAAAUGGAAGAAAUUAUUGGGAACACGAAGGGGGGUGUUGUGAACCGGUUUCUAGCUUCUAAACUGUGUAGCAGAACGUUCUAGGGAACUCUACUUUGUGGUAUAAACUAAAUGUUUGGUUUUUAGCUUCAAUUUUCUAUAAGAUUUCUUAGGAAGACUGAAUAAUUACUUUUUUUUCACUUGCAAACUUCUUAAACUUGCUCAUUCCUAAAUCUGAGUAAUUUUAGGUGUUUGCUUGGCAAAUCCUCCGCGAGUCCGUCACCGAUGAUGAGCUCCGCAAUGUGCAAAUCUCGUUGCGCACAUUUCACGGAGAAACUGCUGAUCACUUACUGGGCCGUCAACUUCACAAGGUUUGUACUUUUCAUUACCAUCCCGUCACUUUUCAACUAUAUACUGCUUCGGGCAGUAAGGGGACAAAAAAACCGGCUUCCACACACGUUUUCGAACCCUUCAAUGUCACUUUAUUCGGAGGUCUCUGCUACCGUAAUCCUUUAUGUUUCUGUCUCGAGGCAAAGCCCUCCCAGAGAAGACAUCUCCGGUCUGAUACGUAGUUUUUUGCGGCGAAGGUCGUCGGGGAUGCACACUGGUUGCGACUUGAUUGAAACGAAAACGAUCACCCCCUCAAUCUUUUCUUGGUGAACUGAAGGGGCGCCCGCGCGAUUUUUUCCCCGUCGGAAAAGUGCAAACCCGGGGCAUUUGAAUGUAACGAAUUGAGAAUGAGAUCUCUCUCUCUCCCUCUCUCUCUCUCUCUCUUCCAAUCUAUGUGUGUGGAGACGGGUUAGAAAACUGAGAAAGACGAAGACAAGUUGUUUUUCUUUCUCCCCCCCCCCUGUCCAACAACAAAAAAUCUCUGGACAUCACUUGUUUUUAGCCCCCGGGGUCAAUAGACACAUCUAAAACCAUUCAAUUUGUGCGGUCUGUCCCUGUGUGACUACAGAAUGAAAAAUUGAAGAAAUGGGAACAAAGAUGUUGUUUUUUAUUGAAACAUGCCCAACUGAAAGGGACGGACUUUUUUACAGAUUCGUCUUGUCGUCGAGGCCACCAUGAAGUAUUUCAAAUGGAAUAUGCUCCCUACCGAAGGCCAGCUGAGCAAAGCCAAGCUCAUUCUAAGCCAUCUAAAGAAUAAUGCAAAGGUCCGCAACUGGACGCUUCGUGAGGGAAGACCAAACAGGUAUACAUAGUUUACAGAAACGGUUCGCCAGAAAAACCGGGGAUUUUGACGGGAUACCCUCCGAUUCCAUGCUUUUUUGAAGACAGUGACGGUAGAUAAUUUACUCAAAAUAGGCCAAAAAUGUUCGAAAGUCACGUUGAAGUUUGUCAUGUUCCGGUUCAUUGUUUAGUUUCCACGAAACUUUUUAGAACUCUUUCUAGGACAACGCUGCUAAACUAGCCAACUCUCUUCUAAAAACGGCUCCUGUUAAACUAUUUUCAGAGUGUGUCACAUUUCCAACCGAAUUUUUCCAGAGUUGCCCCAGCCACGCCACCAGUGAGUGUGGACCUCGUCUGGAAGCGCUACCUUGCGCUUCUUGGUCCAGCCAACUUAGCCGCCGGAAUUCUUCCAAACCUCCCGCAAAACAUGUGCAACGGAGGCACCCAGAGCCCCUCAAUGCCUCAAAUUGACCCCACUCUUUUCAAAGUUGAAUCUUAA